UUUGGUCAUUAACUUAUAGACUCGACCGAUUGUUGAGCUCGACGCUCAUUGGCCAGUCGGUAAGUGGUGGGGAUACGCAUAGGAGAGAGGAUAAAUACCCCUUGAAUCUUAGCUAUUGCAUCAGUUCUACGGAAUAUUUCUUAAAGAGGGUUUGGAUUGAAUUUCGUUGGUGAAAAUGACUGGCCGUGGUAAGGGAGGAAAAGGUUUGGGAAAGGGAGGAGCGAAGCGUCACAGGAAAGUUCUUCGUGACAACAUCCAGGGAAUCACGAAGCCUGCAAAGGGAGGAGCGAAGCGUCAUAGGAAAGUUCUUCGUGAUAACAUCCAGGGAAUCACGAAGCCUGCUAUUCGCCGUUUGGCUCGUCGAGGCGGUGUUAAACGCAUUUCUGGCCUGAUUUACGAAGAGACCCGUGGUGUUCUUAAAGUGUUUCUGGAAAAUGUCAUCCGUGAUGCAGUUACAUACACCGAACAUGCCAAGAGGAAAACCGUUACUGCUAUGGACGUGGUCUAUGCGCUUAAACGUCAAGGACGCACUCUCUACGGUUUUGGUGGUUAAUUUGUUUCUCGAGUUCUCAGCUACUCACCGUACACAACAAAAGGGCCCUUUUCAGGGCCACAAACUUUUUCAAUACGUAAAUGGAGCAAACCGUAUUACCAUAGUAUGCACUAGUUAAUUUUAAUUCGUCACCCCUUUUACAAAUCAAAAUUUAGAUUACAUUAUGGUUUCCGUUCGAAUAAUAAGAUACCUAAUAUCUAUCUAUUAUUCUUGCGACAGUGUUUUUAAUAAGUUCCAUGUUUUAUAUGUUCUUCUGUUAAGCACGAAGGUUUUGUCUUGAAUUUUGAUAGCCGGUAAAGUUCAUUUCGGAAGUAUAAUAUAUUAAGAGUAUACUGGAAAAAGGAGAAAUCGAAAUAUUAAAUAUUUACGGAGUUAUCGCACAUAGUCGACAGCGCCGGGGCCCGCAUACCGUAAACUAGCGAGUCAGGUAGCCGGAGCACUUGGGAUGGAGCAACGUUUCUUUCACAAUAUAUUAAUAUAAAAAAUAUGACAAAUACAGCACUUUUCGAUGCCAAGCAAAAGACGCCUGAAGAAAUACCUUACAGAGCCGCCAUUUUGUUUUAUAAAAAAAAAUGUUUUUCUACACUACAAAGCUGUAAUAAAAUACUAUCAAAAUUUUAAAAUGAAGCGAUUAUUUUAUCACCUUUAAAAAUAUUCAUCAAAAAUGACUCAUUUUCGAGCGUCCACAUUGUUUUCUCCCCUUAACGUAGCUUGAGCAUAUUUUAGAAAUAAUUUAACACCAGUAUAAAACUAUUAAUCGGUGAUUGCAUGAAUCAUAUUGUUAUUAUUGAAGUAAAAUCUAACCAAAUUGAAUAUUUAUAUAAUGUUCUGUGGAUAAAGAGAUCAAUAUGUACCAUAAACAAAGAUCGUUCUACAUCAACACGUAACUAAACAGUGUCGCCAAGGUCCAUACCACGUU